AUGAAUAUGUCCGCGAAGCUCUCUCGCCCUGACAUAGAGGGUCUUGAUCUCCAAGGAGUCAUAGAUGGACUCAAUAAUGGCGAUUUCUCCAGCCAGGCUCUCGUGGAUGCUUACUUGGAGAAUAUUGAACGCUUCAACGACCAGGUGCGGGCGAUUGCCUGUAUCAACCCCGACGUCAAAGCCAUCGCAAUCCAGAAAGAUCACGAAAGGUCAUCUGGACAGCUCACUGGGAAACUGCAUGGUGUACCAAUUUUACUCAAGGACACCAUUGUGACAACUGACAGCAUGGACACCACAGCUGGCUCAUUUGCGCUAGUUCGAGCCAAGUAUACCCAAGAGGCAUUUGUUGUCUCCAAGCUCCGAGCUGCUGGCGCCAUCAUACUGGGUAAGGCAAAUCUUAGCCAAUGGGGCAUGGCUCGAUCCCCCAAAUGUGCCAGCGGAUGGAGCUCUCUUUUCGGACAAGCAUUGGGAGGCUUCCACGUUGAUCAAGACCCCCAAGGCUCUUCAUCUGGUAGCGCCAUAGCCCUUUCACUGAACAUGGUCAGUGCAGCUCUUGGAGGCGAGACAUGCGGCAGUAUUCUCUACCCGGCACAGAGAAACGGGGUUGUCGGGCUUAAGCCAACAGUUGGUCUUACCUCAAGGGCUGGUACAAUCCCGAUCAAUCCCGAACAAGACUCGAUUGGUCCCUUGACUGGCAGCGUAAAAGAUAGCGCAAUCAUUUUGCAAGUAAUAGCAGGAAAGGACGAUGGCGACCCGGCGACAAAGGAUAUCCCCUUUGAUGAGGGAACUCCAGACUAUGUGUCGUCAUGCCAAAAGUCGGGCUUGCAGGGUGUUCGUGUGUUGGUACCACUCUCUGUCUACAAAGUUGUCGACUCAGACCCAGAGGUUGGGACAGCUUUCCGCGCCGCGAUUGACACAAUCAAAUCCCUCGGAGCGACGGUAGUAGAUGGUGUCGACUUCAAGACGUGGAAGCCUAACGGAAAGUUGAGGGACGAUCUUCCUGGAGACGUCAUGUUACGUGAAGCCUACGAAUCCUUUUUCAAGAGUUUGAAGGUCAACCCUCAUGGCAUCCGUAGUAUUUCGGAUCUUAUUGAGUUUAUCAAGAGUGAGCCAUUGGAACGAUAUGAAGACUUUGGGGCAUCCUGGUUUGAGAGUGCUAGGGAUGCACCUGUCGAUUCAGACUCGGAUCGAUUCAAGGAAGUCAACGCGAAAAUGGAAGCGUUUGGUGCAGAAAUCCCACAGAUUCUGGAUGAGAAUGAUUGCGAUGUCCUUUUGGCAUCAUCAUCCACCGAUCUACCGCUUGACCUUGGUCGAUUGCCUGGUAUUUCUGUCCCACUUGGCUUUUAUUCCGCCAGCCGAGAGGCACUUCGGAAUUCCAAAGGCUUCAUCACGAAAGGUCCCAACAUUCCGUUCGCUGUGACAUUUACCGGGCGCAGGUUCAGCGAACAGACUUUGAUUGCCUGUGCAUAUGCGUUUGAACAAGCAACCCAGGUUGCGAAGCGAAACAAGGAUUAUCUGAUAGUGAGGCCAGUCAAUCUCGCCAGAAAUGAGUUGUCAGGCGACAGCAACCGUAAUGUCGGUACGCAGCACAACGGCGCAGAGAAGGAUGCGGUUGGCCAAGAUGACGCAAAGCUAUAG